AACUUAAUAUGUAAAUCAAAAUAAAAGAUGAGGUGCUAGGUUAGGUUUAUGUAAAAUUGAAGAGAGCGUAGAAAUGGGUUUGAAGAAGGAAGAGGAAAGAAAAUGAAAAUGGCAUCGGAGAGAGAUAGAGAACAUCCAUAAUGCUACAGCCACUAAAACAUGUAACCAAACGCAGAUCCCUCUUCUCUUCUUUUCUCAUUCACAUCAACAACCUUUCUUCCUUUUCUUCUUCUUCUUCAUCUUCUUCUUCUCAUAACUGCCACACCGUCUUAAGAAAAAUAAACCAAAACGACUUCGCAUCCUCCGUCAAGGACUGGUUCAACACGCGCGACCCACUCAUCACCCGAAUCUUUCAGAUUCUUUCUUCGACGGACUCUUCCUCCGACGCCGCCCUCGACGCCUCUCUCGCCGCCCUAACACUCCCCCGUCUCGACGAGUCCUUCGUCCUCACCGUACUCCACCAUGGCACCGCCGCUGCCCACGUCUACCCCUGCCUCCGCUUCUUCGAUUGGGCCGGCCGCCAGCCCGGCUUCCACCACACUCGCGGCACCUUCUCCGCCAUCUUCCGAAUUCUCGCACGCAACAGAUCAAUGUCAACCAUCAUCGAGUUCCUCCGAACCUUCCGCCGCCGUGGCCCCGCCUUCUAUCUCCGUGCGCGGUUCAACGAUACUCUUGUCAUUGGAUAUGCUAUUGCGGGUAAGCCUGAGAUUGCACUCCAACUAUUUGGUAAAAUGCGGUUUAAUGGUUUGGACUUGGAUACCUUUGGUUACCAUGUGCUUUUGAAUGCCCUUGUUGAGAAGAGUUAUUUCUAUGCUGUUGAUGACAUUGUUAGGCAGAUAAGGAUGAAGGGUUUUGAGAAUCGGUAUACCAAUGCGCUUGUUAUGAAGAGUUUGUGCAAGCAGGGGAGGUUGGAUGAGGCUGAAGGGUUUUUGUUUUCCUUAGUGGAUGGUGGUAAGAAGCUUCAUGGCUCCGAGGUCAGUGUUCUUGUCCGUGCUUUAUGUGGGAGCAAUAGGUUUGAUCAUGCUGUUAAGUUGGUUAGAGAGUUUGGGGAUUCGGGCCUGGUGCCGUUGGAUCAUGCUUAUGGGGUUUGGAUAAGGGGCCUUGUGCAAGGUGGCCGGUUAGAUGAGGCCUUGGAAUUUUUCAAACAGAAGAAGGAAGAUAAAGGGUACAUUCCUGGUUUGGCGAGGUACAACGUGUUGAUUUACAGGCUCUUGAGGGAGGACAGGCUCGACGAGGUGUAUGAUUUGUUCAUGGACAUGUAUGAGACUGCUGUUCCACCUAACACAGUUACCAUGAAUGCUGUGCUGUGCUUCUUUUGCAAGAAAGGGAUGGUGGAUGAUGCUCUUGAUUUGUUCAAGUCGAGGUCAGAGUUUAUGCUGUCCCCAAAUCAUAUGGCUUAUAAGUACUUGAUACUUACUUUGUGUUGGGACGGAAACGCCAAGGAAGCAUUUAGUGUGUUGAAGAGCUCAAUUGAUCACCGUUUUAUUCCAGAUAGACGGACCUUUACUAGGCUUGCCAAUGUUCUGUGUAGAGAGUGCAUGAUUGAUGAGAUGAAAGAGUUGCUCCAUCUUGCCUUAGAAUGGAAAAUUAUGCCUAUUGCUUCCACGUAUGAUAACUUUAUAACGGCACUGUGCCGGGCGGGAAGAGUGGAAGAUAGUUAUUUGAAUAGGGGAGAUAUUGCUGCUCGUCUUCUCGUUGAAAUGAAGGAGAAGGGUCAUAAAGUGACACCGGCUCUAUGUAGAGUUGUUCUUUGUUGUUUACUUCAGAUGGACAAUUCAAGAUCUCGGUUUUCCAGUUUGUUCGAGAUGCUGUCUCAUAAUGAUCGUCAACAUUAUAUUUAUGAUUGUUUCAUUGAUGCAGCUGGGCAUGCCAAGCAGGCUGAGUUGGCUUGGAAAGUGUUUGAGUUGAUGCAGAGGAAUGGCAUUCAGCCCACUUCAUCUUCUCUAAGUCUUAUGUUGAAAGCUUAUUUGAAAAGUGGAAGGACUACUGAUGCUCUUGUCUUCUUUAAUAAUGUUUGGUCUCGUGGAUUGGCGACUAAAAAGUUAUAUAAUUGCUUUGUUAUUUUUCUCUGCAAGAGCAAGAAUCCUGAACCUGCGUAUGAGUUCUUCCUCAAAAUGUUAGAAGACGGUUUAAAUCCAAGCAUUGAAUGCUAUGAAAUUCUUGUACAGGAGCUUUGUUCAUCGGAAAGAUAUCACGAGGCAGUGAAUCUUGUUGAUAAGUAUGAGAAAAAGGGACGUCGAAUAACCUCUUUUCUCGGUAACAUACUUCUUUAUCAAUCUAUGUUUUCACCGGAAGUUUACAAUGCCUGUGUUCGUUUAAGAGGAGUUAAAGAGGAGGGAAAAACUGAUUGGUCAAUGCUUAGCUUUGUGGUUGGUGCAUUUCGUCGUCAUCAUAGAGUUAGCCAUGUUGAGGACUUGGAGAAAUUAAUCGCAAAGUGCUUUCCACUUGACAUUUACACUUACAAUUUGUUGUUGAGAAAAGCAUGGAAGACUGAUAAGGAGCAGGCUUGUCAGUUGUUUGAAAGGAUGUGUCAAAGGGGCUUUGAGCCCAACCAGUGGAUUUAUAGCACCAUGGUUGAUGGUUUCAAAAGGCAUGGGAUGAGAGACAAGGCUGAGAGGUGGUUUCAAGAAAGUAAAAGGAUAUUCUCCAACAGAGAAACCAGAAUGCUCAUUUAAGGAACAAUUGAUCAGUAUGCGUUAGAUAUCCAAAAUGGUCCACCCAAUUUUUGUAAGGAUAUUUUUUAGAAUUGCAUUUUUGUCAAAAGAAAAAAGUUAUCUUGGAUGCGUUGGAUUUAGUUUUUUUUUCUCCGUAUCAUUUACUAAUAUUACAUCCUGUGCAAUCCUUUUAUGUUGACUAUUCCUCUCCCCCACCAAAAAAAAACAUUCUUUUUAUGUGUGGAAGCAAUAGGAAAUAAAAUAGUUUCCACAUUGUGUUAUUUAUCAGUUAUCACAUUAGAUUUACAUAAGCUGUGAUAUUUGAUUUAACUUCAUUUUUAUCUGAUACUGUUUUUUUUGCAAGUUUGAUGUAUUGCAUCUUAACCUCAUUUGAUGGUAAUAGUCAUUGCCCAAGAAAUAAAAAAUCAAAUAUGAUACAAACUUGAAGCUUCAGAUAGGGGAUUGGUGUUCCCUCAUUAAUCUGCAACGUCUUCAUUGCAUCCAUAUUUGAGCAUAAGCUAUAUUGGUUUAUCUUCAUUUGAUAAUAAUUCUCUCUUCUACUGGCUCUUAUUUUGGUUUGUAGAAGAAUUAAUCUGUCCUUUUUACCUUGGUUUCUUUAAUGAUUGUGUGCUUGACUCCCUUCCUUAUUUAGAAUUUGCACUUGUAGUCAUAUUUUAGUUCUUACAUCUGGUUGCCAUUCAUCAAAGCUUUCCUCAUAUUUCAUCAAAUGAUUAGCCUCAAAAUUUUCAAAAACAGGAAUCAAGUAUGUUGAUCUCUGGGUGGCCUCUUUUAUUCUUUUCAUGAACAUAUUUGCUAGCUCCAAACUAGUAAAUUAUUAUGAGAGCUUAGUAUCUAUAUUUGUCAGGGAUCAUACAAGUUUAUAUAUACUCUUCUUAGAACUCAUUUUGCUAGAAACUUGAUACUUAGAAAUACAGAUUGAAAGC